AUGGAAGGAGCCCGGAACCGAAAACAACGCCGCGCUGCAGCUGCAGCAGCAGCAAAACAACCCCGAUCCACCGACGCGUUCGAUCCCGCCUCCGUCCCGCUCGCCCAUCCUCCCACAAACCACCCGACCGGCAAGACCCUGGUGGAUAUCAUCGCCGAGCGCCAGGGCGAGCUGCUGGGGCAGCUCUCCCCCAACGGGAAUGCAGGUGCAAGCCCGCAGACGCAGUUCGUGACCGUCGACCCGCGGACGGGGGCGAUCUCGGCCGUGGACGAGGGGAGGAACGGCGAGCACGAGAUGUCUGGUGGAGAGGAUGAGGAGGACGAGGAGGACGAAGACGAAGACGAAGAGGAAGAGCUCGACCAUCCGAUCCCCCCGGUCAUCGAUACGUUGCUCCUCGCGGUGCCGCUGGCGACCCUCCAUCUGACGCUGGCGUACCUCGCCGCCCACCAGUACGCCCAGGAGAUCGAGCUGGCGAAGCUCGUCCGCGAAUCCGCCUGCGUGGCCUUGCCCAUGCUGGCGCUGUUGAUCCACCUCGCGCACGGGCAUGUUGUCCCCUUCGUUGGGGCGCCGAAUAAAGAAACGCUCUCGCUCUUGCCAUGGGACAGCGAGAAGCGGUCGUGGGCGUUCAUGCGCCGGCUGCUCUUCCCGCCGAGUCUCCGCACUGUGGUCUUCCUCCCGCUGACGGCCUUCCUGGGGUGCAGGCUGAUGGUCAUGACGAACGAGGAUCCCUACUACGCCGUCAUGAAGCAUGCGCCGGCGUUUGGGACCAUGUGGAUCUGGGGCGUCUUGGAGAUGUCCUUUGGCCCCGCCGUGCUGGGCGCGCUGGGCCCGUUGAUCUGGGGGGUCUGGUGGAUGGGGUAUGGGAUUCUCUGA